CCGAUCGCGGCCAAUUAUAUCUCUAACUUCGAUUCUGAAGCUUAAGCACACUUGACUGGAAGGCCAAUUUUGCAGUGAGAGGAAACUCGAGAAAUACAGUGAAAAUGAGAUUCGGCUAUGCGGUUUCAGUUCUUCUACUUCUCGCGGUUUUAGCAUUAGUUGCAGCGAAGAAAUCUGGUGAUGUUACGGAAUUACAGAUCGGUGUGAAGUAUAAGCCAAAGACUUGUGAACUCCAGGCUCAUAAAGGUGACAGAGUCAAAGUACACUAUCGGGGAAAACUUACUGAUGGAACUGAAUUUGAUGCCAGCUAUGAAAGGGGUGACCCCAUUGAAUUUGAGCUUGGUACUGGUCAAGUGAUUAAAGGAUGGGAUCAAGGACUACUAGGAAUGUGUGUGGGAGAGAAGAGAAAAUUGAAAAUACCUUCUAAACUUGGUUAUGGAGAUAGUGGGUCCCCACCUAAGAUCCCAGGUGGUGCAACACUUAUCUUUGACACUGAGCUUGUUGCCGUGAAUGGAAAGACAUCAGCAGGAGACAAAGCUGAUGAGAGUGAACUAUAAUCUUACGGUGAAUCGAAACACGUGAAGUUGUUAUUUUCUGGUAGCUUUGAUUUUUGGGUCAUGGGAACAUUAUUAGCCAGUCCCUGAGUGGUUUUAUUUGUGUUGUGUACUAAAUAUUCUGAUCUGUAUUUUGCAACAACACAUCAGUAAUAACACUAAUCAAAUGGUCUCGAAAGUUGCCUGGAUGUCCU